AAGACGGGAAAAAUCCAGAGAAGAACACAAUCUUCAUCGGCAAGAUCCUUACAUGAUAAUGAUUCAUCUCAAUCAGACCAUAUUCCUGUGGACUUAACCACUGAGAUACUCUCAAGACUUCCUGCUAAAUCGGUUGGGAGAUUUCGCUCCGUCUCUAAGCUCUGGUCGGCGAUCACCACCAGUCAAGAUUUCAUCAACUCCUUUCCAACUCGGUCCUUGGCAUCGCGGCCUUCUGUACUGCUAGCCUUCUAUAUAGGCAACAUUCUGUUCGUUUUCUCGCUACACAAGAAUAGUCCUGUUACUUGCGUGGGAAGUUACCAACAUACAAACCGAAUUAUGGUUGCUACCGUCGUUUUGAUUACUUGCGCGGCUUGAUUUUAUUGCAAGGUACUAAACAGCUCGUGAUUUGGAACCCUACCGUCAAUCGGUUCCUCACUUUACCUGAACCUGAAGGGACCAAAGACAAUAAUAGCAACUACCUAGGAGGGAUUUUGGGAUAUGAUCAGAUUGAUGGAAAAUACAUAGUACUACGCGUUCUUAGAGACUCGAAGAUUUGCAUUCUUACAUUGGGAGCUCAAGGAAAAACAUCAUGUAGAAUAAUAACCAACGGUGUCCCUAGGCAUCGAUCUAUUAUACGUUGUGGGGAAUGUAUUAAUGGAGUCAUGUACUAUGGAGCAACAGUUGAUGUUGGGGAUGGUUUAUUAGAACACAAUAUAAUGUGCUUAGAUGUUAGAACUGAAAAGUUCAACCAGAUAAAAUUUCCAGAGGGUCGUUCUAGUGCGAAUUAUCAUAUGAUAGACACGAAUGGACGCAUAAUUGCUUUGUUGCCUCUUUCUGAAAUGGACCCAAUACGACGCAAAGAGCCACGCUUUUGUGGUGUUAGUAAUGCUGGUGAGCUUUUUUUUGCACCAUGGAUGUUGUCUGAAUCGUUUAAUAUUCUAUAUUUCGAUCCGAGGAGAAACAGUAUUAGAGAAGUCUCGUUUGAAGGAAUUGUGGGUGAUGAAUUUUGAAGCCGCUAUGGAUUUAGUAAAGACUAUAUUAACAGCAUAAAGGUUUACCCAAAUCACAUCGAGAGUCUCAUGUCUUUUUGAAGUAGCGUUUUCAUCAUUCAAUGCUUAUGAAUAUUUUCCCUUUCAAUUACACUUUCUUUUGAUAUGAUUCU